GGGGGUGGCCGUGUCCUUUUAAGGCACUGGUUUCCUAUCUGCCAUUCGCUCAUCUCAAACUAACUCAAUGCGGUGAAGUCACUUCAACUCAUCUGCUCUUUUUAAGUCGGCACUCCUAGCGAGAGGACGCUGCACGCAGCUUGUACCAAGAGCAAGAGGCCCAGCAAGUCGUGGUGUCUUGACAUCAAGAUGGCAUCCCAGGGAGCUCCAGGUAUGGCUAACAAAGGUCCCGCCUAUGGCCUAAGCCGUGAGGUGCAGGGCAAGAUUGACAAGAAGUACGACCCUGAGCUUGAGGAAAAGCUGAUCCAGUGGAUUGUGGCCCAGUGUGGUUCUGGAGUGGGUCGACCUGAGCCCGGAAAGACUGGCUUUCAAGUCUGGCUAAAAGAUGGCUGUGUGCUGAGUGAGCUGAUUAACACCCUUUAUCCUGGAGACAAGCCUAUCAAGAAGAUUCAAACCUCUCCUAUGGCCUUCAAGCAGAUGGAACAGAUCGCUCAAUUCCUGAAUGCAGCCGAGCGCUACGGGGUCACCAAGACGGACAUGUUCCAGACAGUGGACCUUUGGGAGGGAAAGGACAUGGCAGCAGUGCAGCGGACCCUGGUGGCACUGGGCAGCAUAGCAGUUACCAAGGAUGAUGGCGCUUACCGCGGUGACCCCAACUGGUUCCACAAAAAAGCCCAGGAGAACCGAAGGGACUUCUCUGACGACCAGCUGAAAGAGGGCAAGAAUGUCAUUGGGCUGCAGAUGGGGUCCAACAAAGGAGCAUCCCAGGCUGGAAUGACAGGGUACGGCCGACCCCGGCAGAUCAUCAACUGAGGCCCCCUCCGCCGCCUUUCAUCCCCUUCAUUUCAAGGCCCCUCCUUCCCUCUGACCCUACCCCUUGCUCCUGCCCUUUAGCCAAUCCAAGCUUGGACCAGCUUCACAACAUUCAGUCUUAAAAAAUGGGUCCGACUAGUCAAGGACUUCACAGAUUCCAGACAAAAGAGUGACUAAGAGACACCAAGAUACUGACAGAUGUGCAAACUGACUUGACAUACCAUCCAAGUCUUAACCAAAACAAUUGAUCUUCUCCACACACUGAUAUGCAUGUAUGCUUAUAAAGUAUUUCAUUCAUGUAUAUUGUAAAUUAAAACCCUGAACAUUAAGGAACAAAACCACAUGCAGCCUGUUUUGUAAAACUAACUUGUAACAAGUAUGUUGAAGUUUAAUAAAAACGCAAUUCUGACAAUA